AUGGAGUACCUUGUCUUCUCACCUAUCCCCACUGCACCACCUAUAACCAAUCAUGCCAUCAGCCCGAUCGAGCAUGGGUCAGCUCUACAAGCGACACUGAACUUCGCAGAAGGUUUGAGUGGGAUGAAAGAUGGUACGUUCGAUGAAUGGGCAUUGUUCAUCGAUGAACAUUUCGAUCCUUCUGCGAGGUUUCAACUGCAGUUGAUCUCGAAUAAUGAAGAAACUGAGGCGAAAAUGAGAUCUUAUGAUAUACUCGCAUCAUCCUUAUCAAGGUUUUUCAUCUCCCUAUCAGAAAAUGGUGUCCCCACCCAUCGACUAGUCCUAUCUGAUAUAUCGGAAUCUCCGCCUUCACCCGAAUCUGGAUUGAGCUUGGUAGAAACCGAUCAGGUAGAAUGGCAUUGUAGAGAUAGGAUUUGGAAAGGUCAUCUAUCGGUUGAAGUUGGGAUUGAGAUUUCAUUGAAUAGACUGAAGAUACAUAGAAUGGAGUUAGUUCUAUUACUCGAUAAAGGUGAUAACAUACCGGAAAACGCCCUAAGGGAUUUGAAGAUGGCCGAGCAAAUGGAGGUGAUGCUGGAGGUUAUCGAAUUGACGGAAGAUCAACAGAUGAACCCCAAUGAUGCGUUGAGACAGAUCACUGAGCCGGCAUCAUCAAGAUGA